CUAAAAACGAAAAAAAGAAUGUAUCUACCAACCGUAGUCGUCGUGCUGUAACUGUCGGUGUCGACAACUUGCCUGACGAUAUGUGUGUUGUUCCCCCAGUUAAAUGGUUACAUGUUUCCAAGUUUUCUGUUUCAACUUCUGAACAAACAAUUAAAAAUUAUGUAUCGAACAAAUUAAAUAUACCUUUUGAUGAAGUUCAGUGCUAUAAGCUUAUUAAAAAAGAUUCCGAUAUAACGAAUCUGAAAUUUAUUAAUUUCAAAGUCGGCAUCCCUACUAAUAAAGAAACUGAUGCAACAAAUGUAAACAAUUGGCCUGUAAAUGUGCAUGUAAAAAGCUUUAAUUUUUUUCCAAAAAACAAAAACCCUAUAACAACAACAAUUUAACAUACACUUCCCCAUCAAUAAAACAUGCUCACACUAACAAUUCUCUCCACCUGUACUCUCAAAGACAAUGCAUUAACAAUAACAACUCAGAGAUCUGUAUGUAUUACCAAAAUAUGAACGGUUUUUCUUCUAAACUAAGAGAAUUGCUUUUUGCAAUUGAUGCUUGCCGGAGUCAGUAUGAUAUUUUUCUAUUUACUGAAACUUGGUUAUAUGAAGGCAUAUAUGCUGAUGAGUUUUUCGAUACAUCUUUGUUCUCCGUCUUUCGUCAUGAUCGUAUUGAUGUUAACAAAUCAAGAGGAGGGGGUGUUUUGAUUGCUGCGAAGCGUAUUCUGGGAGCUGUUGCUGUUGAAAUUGAUGUUGUUGUUGCUGAUAAAUUGCAAAUUGAUCAACUUUGUGUGCGUGUGGAUGCUACUGGCUGCGGUUUCCUCAUAUUUUUGAGUUAUAUUCCACCUAAAAGCUCUUUGUUUAUUUAUGAAAAACAUUUGUCAAAUAUUGAUAGGGUUACCUCCAUGCCAGAAUAUAUUAAUUAUAAAAUUUGUGUAAUUGGUGAUUUUAAUUGUGGUGAUAUAAUUUGGUCAUCGACGAAUAACCAUAAUUUUGUUCCAUUUUCUCUUCCUACGGAUGUUGAUGUUCUAUUAAUUGAUUCUUUGUUUUCGAAUAAUCUUAUUCAAAUAAAUAACGUAGCUAAUUCGCUGGGAAGAUAUUUAGAUUUGGUAUUUAUUUCAGAGGAUUUACAAUCUUCUGUCAUGGAGAAUACCCCUUUGCUUUCUAAUUAUGUUCACCAUAAAUCUAUUGAUAUUUGUUUUAAAAACUAUAAUUUUGAUAAUUUUUCUAAAUUCAAUAAUAAUAAAUCUAUUUUCAAAUUUAAUUCUCAUAACUUGUCUUUAAUGAACAAUUGUUUUAAAAAUAUUAAUUGGUUGAAUGAGUUUCUAGAUAAAAAUAUAUCUGAAAAAUUUCGUUGCUUUAAAUCUUUAUUUAACAGUGUUUUAAAUGAUUGCGUACCUAAGCAUAGAAGUAAAGUAAGCUCUCAUCCAAUAUGGUAUAAUAAAAGAAUACUUAAUUUGAAAAAUGCUAAGAAUAAUGCGUUUAAAAAAUAUAAACAGAAUCCUUCCAAUGAUUCCUAUGCAGUUUUUUCUCGUCUCAGGAAAGAAUUUGUUUUUCUGUCAAAAUUUCUUUAUUCAAAUUAUAUUCAUUCUGUUGAAAGUAAUCUCAAACAAAGUCCUACAUCUUUUUGGAAAUUUAUAAAUGCUAAACGAAAUAGUACUGGAUUUCCAGCAACUAUGUGUUUUGAAAGUAAUAAUACUAGUGAUCCGAAAAUGAUUGUAGAUUAUUUUGGACAGUUUUUUGAAAGCAUUUAUAACUCUUCUACAUCAGCAACAAUAAACUAUCAAUAUAUAAAGUCUUUGCCAUCGGUUUUUGAUUGUUCUAGCAUUUUCUUUGACUUAAAUGAGGUUGUAGAUGCUUUAGUUAAAAUUAAACCCAAAAAAACUGCAGAUAUAUUGGGGUUUUUUCCUAUCGUUUUUCGUCACUGUGCAAGUUCACUUUCUGUUCCGCUAUUACAUAUUUUUAACGAAUCUAUUUCGAAUGGAAUUUUUCUGGAUGAAUGGAAAGUCUCCAUCAUUGAUCCGAUUUUUAAAUCUGGUUCAAAAAAUUUAGUUUCGAAUUAUAGACCCAUUACUAAAUUGUCAGUUGUUCCAAAGCUUUUAGAUAGUCUUGUUCAAGAUAAAUUUAAAUAUGUUAUAAAACAUCAAGUUAGUAAAUAUCAGCACGGUUUUUGGAAAGGAAGGUCUACUAAUUCUAAUCUAAUAGAAUUCACAAAUUUUUGCAUCAACACUCUGGAUAAUCGGAAACAAGUUCAUAAAAACUUAAAGCUUAUGGGAUCCAUGGACCGCUCCUACAAUGGUUUUCAUCAUAUUUACUUGGACGGAAACAAUAUGUAAGGAUUGGAGACUUUUUCUCAAAAGAAAUUACAGUAACCUCUGGAGUUCCAGAGGGAAGUCACCUGGGACCGUUAAUGUUCUUACUUUUUGUUAAUGAUCUUCCGAAUGU